AACCUCAUUAUCCUAGUGUCAGCCUAAUCUGUAGUCAUUCCAAUGUUUGUGAUAUUCAGAAUUUCUUCCUCUUGUUGGUUAUCUUUCCCCUAGAUGGAAGUUGGAUGGAGGCUCCUGCCAUGAUGUGAAGGCAGCUGCAUCCUAAGUGCUGCUCUUUGCUGGGUGCUCUAACUGGUUAUUUCUUAGAAGUUGACUUCUUUUAGAUAUGCUGUCAGUAAUAUUUUUACAGUCUUUAACAAAAACUUAAACAGUUGUUAGGGUUUAACAGAUAAUGUGCUUUAAUGCCUUAAGCUUGUGUCUACAUCUGACAUUUUGUUCCAAGUGUUUGAAAAAAGCCUUCAGAAUUGAGAGGAUUUGUGAAGUCAGCCCAGGAUCCCAAUGUCAGGUCCGAAAGUUAACAGAUGCCUUCGAAAGCCUGGGGAUGCUCCACUGACACACAAGGGUUCAGGGCUGCCGUGCUUGGCCAGGGUCUCUGCAUGGCCAGGAGCAAGGAAGCAAGGGUGCACAACUUUAGGUUGCUUUAGGUGCCUCCGAAGUUUAUUGCCCUCCAAAUUUAAAAAAAAAAAAAAAAAAAGGGAGGGGGUGGGUGGGUGGAAAUGGGGUGGCAUUAAUUCUCUCCCAGCAGAGGCGGAAGGCAGGGAUGCCGGCCUAGGGAGCCGGUCUCUGCCCCUCUGCCCGUUCCCGGUGACAGAACAGACCUGGCCCACGGUGCUGCUGUCGACGGGGGCGUUGGGGUCGGGGCUGGCCGGAGAGAAGGAGCGCAGGGAGGUGCGGAGUGGGGGCGGAGGGGAGCGGGAACCUCGGGAGCCUCGGCCAGUCCCAGCCCUAGACACACACGGAGGAGGAGAAGCCGCCGCCGCAUCCAGGAGCAUGGAUCCCCCCCUCGCGGCGGGCCGGGCCGCGGCUCUGUGGAUGACAGUGAAACUGGGAGAGAGCAGCGGGGAGGAAGGGGUGAAAAAGCUGGGCAAGAGAGCAGGAGGAGAUGAGGAGUCCCUGGAAGAAGAAGGGGCAGGAGGAGGAGGAGAGGCAGCUCCAGGCAGCAGCAGCACAAAGAAAGAAGAAAAGAUCAUUAACAGCAACACUACCAGCAGCCCCCCACCGAACCCCAACUUGUCACCAGCCCCUGCCUCUCUCCAGCCCUCCCAGAACCAGGACCAGCAUCAUUUUCUCAGGUCCAGCGUCAGACCUCAGAGCAAGAGACUGAAGAAGGAUUCCCAGGCAUCCUCCUCGGUUGGCAGCAGCACUGCUGGGAAAGGCAAAGCAGCAGAUAAUGGGGGGACUGCACCUGGCAGCACAUCGGGAAUUCCUCCCAGCAAUCCCACUGGGAAUUCCAAGUCAGCGGCAAGGAACCUGGGCUCCUCCACAGGAGAGAAGGAAGAAGGGAAGAAGGUCCGACGGCAGUGGGAGUCAUGGAGCACAGAGGACAAGAAUACUUUCUUUGAAGGACUGUAUGAGCAUGGGAAGGACUUUGAAGCUAUCCAGAACAACAUUGCCCUGAAAUAUAAGAAGAAAGGCAAACCAGCAAGCAUGGUGAAGAACAAGGAGCAGGUCCGGCACUUCUACUACCGCACCUGGCACAAGAUCUCAAAGUACAUUGACUUUGACAAUGUGUUUUCUCAAGGGCUGAAAAAAUCUUCCCUGGAGCUGUAUGGCUUAAUCUGCUAUGGGGAACUGAGGAAAAAGAUCGGGGGAUGUAUGGAUGACAAGAACGCAGCUAAACUCAAUGAGCUCAUUCAAGCUGGGGCUACAACUGUUCGUUACAAAGGCAGAAACUUGCGUAUCAAAGCUCCCAUGUGCAGGGCUUUGAAGAAACUCUGUGAUCCGGAUGGCGUGAGUGAUGAAGAGGACCAAAAGCCAGUACGACUUCCUCUCAAGGUCCCUGUGGAGCUGCAGCCACGAAAUAACCACGCAUGGGCUCGAGUACAGAGUCUUGCCCAGAACCCACGGCUUAGGAUGAUCGUGGAGUUACAUCGGAAGGUCUCCAGCCUCCUUGAAUUCCUGAAGCAGAAAUGGGCUCUCCAUGAAGUGCGGGUUCGUAAAACACUUGAAGAACAGCAACUUCAAGACUCCAGAGACUCAGAAACAAGAGGCAGCUUCUCAGAGGAGAAAGUGAUGCUCCAUCUCUUUCCAGGGGAGAACUGUACCCUCACUCCACUGCCUGGGGUGGCCAGAGUGGUCCACUCCAAGGCCUUCUGUACCGUGCAUUGGCAGGAAACAGGCAAAUGCAAACAAAACACAAAAGACUCUCACUUACUCCCCCCUGCCCAAAUCCUCGGCAUACAGAGUGGUCAGGGGACAGCAAGGGGGCAGCUGAAAUACCUGCGGGGAGUGGAAGGUAAGGGUGUGGGAAGGGCAGAGAGCACUACAGAGCCCAGCAGAACCUUACAGCCUACAGCUGAAGUUUCUGCAAGCACUGAAGAUGGUGCCCCAGAGCCUGUCCUGGUGGAAGGAACAGCCUCAAAUCUUGGCAUCAAUAAUUCCCUCCAGAAAGCACCUUCUGGACUUCAGGAUCCAGGAGGACUCCAGGAAAAGCUAAGCUCAGUGGCCCCUUGCAUGGAGGGCAGGGAAGCCCUGGCUAAUGACCAGGCAGCUGUGCUACCCUCGUGCAGCACAAUGUGCACUUGCAGCAAGAUCCCUGAUGUGGAGGAGCUCUCUCUGCUUGAUCCAUUCCCACGGUACAUGAAGUCCUGCCAGGACCUAAUUGUCCCAGAGAAAUGUUCUUGCACAGACAAACUGCAUGGGAAGGACUCUGCUUCAGCAGCUGGUAAUGCUUCUCCAGUGGCUUUUCCAAGCAGGAGGAGUGCAGAGACCUCUGACUCCUGUUCUCAGCUACUGAGAGGUGGUGUGGCUUCCCCUGGCAGCAGCAGAUGUGAAACUCAGGCCAGCCACAGCCAGGGCCAGCAGCUCGAUGCUUGUACCAAGGAUAUCACAGAUGCAGUAAUGGAGGAUUCUCAAGAGAAGCUGGGCUCCUUGUUACCACCUCCACCUCAGGGACAAUCCAGUACAAAGUCUCUCAAAGAUGACCCAAGUCGACUCUCCCAGCAAGUUAGAGAAGAAGGAUGGAGUCUGCGAACCUCUGAGAGCCUUACGCUGGCUGAAGUCUACCUCAUGAUGGGCAAACCGAACAAGCUGCAGCUGGAAUAUGACUGGUUGGCUGUCCUGGAGCCAGAAACCCAGGAUGCUAGAGAGCAAACAUCUGAGUCAAGUGCUGUCCCUGCAUGUUCUACCUUUCACAAGCAGAGACUCUUGAAUUGCCUUUUGAAACUCAUCUCUACUGAAGUCAAUCCCAAACCAACACCUGAGAUGAGCUCCAUUGCCACAUCACCUAUAAAGCCUGCUCAGGAGGAGCAGUCCCUGACUCCCCCGGGAAAGGUGAUUGCCAUCAACACCAGGAGUCCAGGCUGCACACGGAAUCAGUCUGCCCUUCGCAACAAGACUUUUGCUCCUGGCGCUGCUUCCAGUUCCUCAGGUUUGAGAAACCUCCCUAGACCUCUCUUGGUGGCCAGUCCUUCAAGUUCUGGGAGCACUGAGGCCGACAGUGGACUGUUUGCAGUCCCUACAACCCUGCCCCCCAACAGCCGCCAUGGGAAGCUGUUCCUACCCAGCAAGGAAGCAGAACUGACCUUCCGGCAGCACCUGGAUACCAUCAGUAUGCAGUCAGACUUCUUCCUGCCGAAGCCCAGGAAGUUACGGAACAGGCACUUGCGGAAGCCACUGGUAGUACAGAGAACACUGCUCCCCAGGCCGUCUGGAAAUCCAUCCCAGCAUGUCUGUUCCUUUUCUAUCUUAUCCAACUCAUCCAUUACAGGGAGAGGUUCAUUUCGGCCAAUCCAGUCCUCACUGACUAAAGCUGCUGUUUCUCGUCCAAUUGUGCCCAAAGUUCUUCCAACACAGGCCACCAACCAUCUGUCUAGUGCUAUUGACUUGGCAGCUAAAAGUGCUGGCAUUAUACCUGGUAGUCCCAUGCCUGUCCUGGAUGCAGAUGGCUUGCCAGGUGUGUCUCCAUUGUCACCAGAUGCAGUGCACACGGUGGUGACAGAGCAGGAGCCAGCAGUAGCACAUCAGAACGGAGGCUCCAUCACCACUGUGGAGGGCUCAGGCCCAGAGUGCCGGGUGCCGUACAUCAGCCUGCCAACCCGGCCCGAGCAGGAUGGCUUCCAGGGUACAUCAGUCCUUUCUCUGCCAGAACUGGCCAAGACACCUCUCCAGAAUGGUCUGUCCACCCCUCCACUUCCCUCAUCAGAAGCUUCCAGUACUCGGCUCUCUCCUCCCAAUGUUUCUGCUCUCUUGGAUAUUUCCCUGCCUGGACCACCUGAAGAUGUGCUUUCCCAAGGGGAACCUGCCACUCAGAUCAGUGAUUCCAUCAUUGAAAUAGCCAUCAGCUCUGGCCAAUACAGUGAAGGUGUUUCUCUCUCUCCUGCAAAGCUGAAUGGCAGUGACAGCUCUAAAAGUCUUCCGUCCCCAUCUGGUAGUCCUCAGCAGAACUGGAUUGCGUCUCCUACCCACGAUCCUCAGUGGUACCCCAAUGACUCCACAGACUCCUCCCUCAGCAGUUUGUUCUCAAGUUUCAUCUCCCCAGAGAAGGGACGAAAAAUGUUACCAACUCCAGUUGGGAACACCAGUGGCACCUCCUUACUGGGACCCAGCCUGCUGGAUGGAAACUCACGGGACUCCUUUGUGUCGCGGUCCCUGGCAGAUGUGGCAGAGGUGGUGGAUUCUCAGCUAGCUUGCAUGAUGAAUGAGAACAGCAUAGAUUACAUAUCUCGGUUUAAUGACCUUGCCCAGGAACUGUCGAUACCUGAGCCGACUCGCAGGGAGAUCCUGUUUGAUGGAGGAGGUGGUGGUCCCCCGAUAGGGGAUCUGUCACAGUAAGGGAAUGACCAGGAGGCUGAUGCAGACUGUUCAGCUAAGUUGGAGCUUGCAGAGCUGGAACUUGAUAAGGGCAGCAGCUGAGGCUGUUAUCCCUGUCCUGUGUGCUUCUUUCUAACAGAGAAGCAUUGGUUUCAAAGGUCUCAAGAAGUACUUGCAAGUCCUAGAAUGUGCAAUAUGCUGGCAACAACAGGACAUGGAAUAACAUUACAGGAUAUAGUGUGUCCCUGCAUCAGCAAUGUAAGAUUGCAGGUUUGUGGGACAGUUCUGGACUUGUACUUUGGAAUGGCCUAAGCAAGCAGCUCAAAUAAGGAUGGGAUUGCCACAAGCUCCUAUACAUGAAUUAUUGUUUGCAUAGUGAUCAGAAUGCUAUGCUUUUGGAUCCACGUUGUGGAGGAUGAAGGGUAGAGGUGGGUAGGGGAACCAUUGUGUAUUUUGACACGUCCUAGUUGGCAGUCUUAUUACCAUUCAGUCAAACUGAGGUUCUUGCACUCUGUUCAGGGCCAAGGCACUGCUACUCCUCAAUGCUGUGUUCUUGCAGACCACUCUGUUCCUUUGGCUCUUUGAUUAUUCCAGUGGGGCUCACACCUGCGUACUUGUUUGGUAGGGGAGCUCUAAUCUGCCCUCCUCCCGUGCUGCUUGGAUCCCCUACUUUUAAACCCCAUCACAUCACAAUCAUGAUCAUCAUCAUCACCCUGACUGCACUCAUAUUCUUAACCUUUGAGAUUCUUCAGCACAUUGCACAGUUCACCCUGUGAGUGAGAGAGUGCUUUAUUGCUCUCCCUGAAGAACAGUUGCUUUUUAGGUCUAGAAGCAUAGCGAAAGAGCUUACACUAGGAAAGCUGUGUCAUAAUUAGUCUUGGCUUUGCUGGAAACAUGUAAAUAUUGUCAUCUUCACAAAAACUGAGGAUUUAUCUGGGAGAGGAAAUAGGGAAGAAUAUUGUAAUGUAUAGGAACAAAUACUAGGUUAAUGCUAAGCCAGUUGAGAUCAGUUUUGUGUCAUGAAGAGAAGUGUCAAGUCCUAGCUUAAUCCCUUGGUACUUCCCUACUUCCUCUUUGUUCUGUGGACUCCAGGUGCUCUGUAGUACCUCAGCAUCAUUCUUCAUUACAGUCACUCCCAGGCAUGAGUGGGUCUGGCACUCCCUCUCUGAAAUCCCUGUGCAUUUAAUGUUGUGUUUUACUGUAGGAAAAACCCAGAUCCUGAUUCCAGUGGGUUGAACUGGAUAGCAAGUUAAUUUCUGGGGAGCUGGUUGUCAUCAAUUAAUUCUAGCUCUAUAACUCAGGAGAUUUUUCUUAUUCCCUUUCUCCUUUCUCCUUUCUCCUUUCUCCUUUCUCCUUUCUCCUUUCUCCUUUCUCCUUUCUCCUUUCUCCUUUCUCCUUUCUCCUUUCUCCUUUCUCCUUUCUCCUUUCUCCUUUCUCCUUUCUCCUUUCUCCUUUCUCCUUUCUCCUUUCUCCUUUCUCCUUUCCUUUCUGUCCCGUCCAAGAAUACCCAUGUUGUGCCCCUUUUGUAAACACUUGUCUGCUUCUCCAGUUAGAGGGUGUCCCUUGGCUGGUGUGAGUAGCUCUGAACUUUUCCAAGGGGCUGCUCCUAUAUAAACCUCAACUUUGUAUUAAUAAUAAAUAAACAAACCUUCUCCACCCCUUAGGCUGUUAUAAUGGGUUCUUUUCCCAACUUGCACUAUACUUGGUGGAUGUAGUUCUGCCUGCCUUUAGCUACUUGUACAAGGCAUUUCUUUGACUGGGAGUCUCUUGUAACUUGCUCACAAUGCACUGAUUCUGUUUGCUGUCCCUUCACCCUGCUUUAGGCAAAUGAUUUUUAGCUUCUAUGGAGUUGGCCUUGUGUUUUCUAUCACCAGGAGAAAUUUGAACAAGUUCUCUGAUGCACAGAGAGCCUUGUUUGAGAAUUCUGACAGAAUUGUCAGGAAAUCACAUAAGCCUGGGAAAGUUGAAGGCUGUCACAAGAAAUGAAUGCUGGGGCCUGUUUUGUUCUGAGCAUUCCCCCUUGGUAAGGAGAGGACAUCUGCUAAUCUCAAGAGUCAUGCCCACUAAAACUUUUCAGUUUUACUUAGAAUUUAGCUGUGUUUUGGUUUGGAGUUUCCCAGAUUAUUCCCUCUUGGUUUUGAGUUCCUCUAUUAUUAAUGCAGAUUAUUCUAUAUGCUAUGUCUCCAGAGAUCCUUCAGAUUUGCAGGACAAAAGUAGAAGGCACCUACUAUGGCUGGGAUUACAGAAUGUGCAGGAGAAAAUGCGUUAGAUUCUAAUCAAGUACUGUCUAAAAAGAAAUUUGAACUUUCAUUCUUAAACUUCUAAAUACCGCAAGAGUAAUGUGAGGGUCUCCAGUGUAUUUGUAACUUGACAAACUUUUCAUCGUCCCUAUUGAUGCUGGCAAUGCAGUGGAUAUGGACACUGGGUUUGGCUCUGAAGUUGCCUAGAAUAAAGGCCAGUGUUGCUGCACCUGCCACAGGAGUGGGGAGCAGAGCACUUCAUCGUGAUCCAUGAAGGCUUUCUGCCUGCGCUACAAGGAGCUGUCAGCUGCCCUGCCUUGCUCACCCAGGGGGGAAGGACACAACUGCAGAAUGAAGGUAGCACAAGUGGCUAUUUUUGAUGAUGCCAUCACAUCAUCAUAAAACUUUUAAUACCCUGAACCUUUGCAAGUGGGCUUGAACCACUCAGUAAUAACAGAGUAUAAAUGACAAAUCAGUUCAGCACUCAGAAUGUUGGAGUCAGGAGUGUGUUUGGCAUCAGCCUCUUAAAAAUUUGCAUUGUGAAACAGAAUAUGAUUUCAGAAAUGUAAUGCAUUGCAAACUGCUUUUUAAGAAUAAAGCCCGUUGAGGACAAGAGAAGAACUUAAGAAUAAGAUCAUUGUGGUAAUUCUGAAUUGAUGCAGUAUUUGUGCAUCAACUACUAUGUGGAAGGCCGUUUAAACACAUCUCUGAUCAGACCAGCUCUAGAUUUUAGGUGAAUGUGCUUUACAAUAGUAGUUGUGAUCAGUUUGUGCUGAGAGUGCUAAGGAGGUGGUGUAUACACACGCGGACACACACACAUCUGCGUGUGCAUAUUUGGGGCGGGGGAGGGCUGGUAAUACUCAGAACUUCUUCAAUUUUAAUUAUUUCAGCUUCUCCGAUGGCAGUUACAAAAUCUGUAUGAGCAACAAGGUCAGGCUAAGCAGACAUCCGAGCAAGUGACACUGAAAUGCACACAGUAUCAUUUCUGAGGUAGAAGUGACUUCAUUAGGUUAGUAUCUUCCUGGGGCACUAUAAUGUAUUGGAGAGGACUAAGGGACACUAACAGCCUCCAGGUUUAGGAUUAACUGCUCUAGGCUUUUCCCUCUCAGUGACCAUAAGGCAGUUCUGAGUAGCUGACAAGGUAAAUGGCAGAAGAUUCAGUGUCUCAUCCCCAUGGGCUGGGUUUACUACACCAGAGCAGUAUCACAGCCCAAGAUUGGAUCCACCCAGGUGUGUGUGCACACACUGGCAGAGAUCUGUGCAAGGUGUUGCAUCCUGAUCACUCACACAGUCAAUUUUAUCCUGUAUCACUGAAUCUACUAAGCAUAGGAAUAGGAAUUGUUUUUCAUACAGCAUAGUUAAGCCUUUUUUUGACACAUAUAUUUCUAAAUUGAAUUAAAUGUCUUGAUUCAAAUCUAACUUACAAGGACACCUUACUUACUGGCAGCAGAUCCCAGAGUGGAAAUUCAGUUGCAUUUUGUUUUCUACACUCAGACUUCAGAUGCAUUUAUAAGGAAAGUACUGCACUUCUUCUUAACCUUUUCAAACCUUUGAAUCUGUUAAUUUCACAGCAAUUUGUACAUGUUAACUGAAUGAAACCUUGGCAAGCACUACGGCAAUAAGUUAUCAUUAAUUAUUGAAACAUGAUAACUGCUUUAGAGCUUAUGGUUCUGGCAGCAAAAUUUAAUGCUGUUUCUUUUAAUAAUAGUUAAGCCAUAUCAUCUGAGGUUUCUGGCUUGUUUGAGAUGUGAAUUUGUUUUAUAGAUUAUAAAUAUACCUAUAUAGUGUAUGUAUAAAGCAAAAUGCCUGUCCUUACUGAUUAUUUUUUGUACCAUACUGUAAAUUAUAUUAUUUAUUCUUUACCAAUUUUGGAAAAAGGUGUUUUGGUUAUUUAAUAUAAUAUACAAAAGCUGUUAAACUUCUGUUUAAAUUUCCAAUUCAACUUGUAAAGCUGUUUUUAUUCUUGUGCAUAAAUACAUACUAAUACUUGGUCUAA